AUGGAGGUGAGGCAGGGCUCCAGGGGAAGGAGAGAUGACCUCCAAAAAAUACGCAGCCUCCAAAAAAAACCAAGAGAUCCUCCAAAAAAUCCAAGAGAUCCUCCAAAAAACCUCCAAAAAACGCAGCCAGAGGGGAUGGAGGAGAGCAGGGAGGUGGCAGCAGGGGAAGGAGAAGCUCAGGCUCUGCCUCCUGCUCUGGGGAUGGCCACAGGGACAAUCCAGAGCCAGGGACAAGGAAAGGGAUCAUUCCCAGGGAUGGAGGUGAGGCAGAGCUCCAGGGGAAGAAGAGAUGACCUUCAAAAAACACUCAGCCUCCAGAAAAAUCCAAGAGAUCCUCCAAAAAACGCAGCCAGAGGGGAUGGAGGAGAGCAGGGAGGUGGCAGCAGGGGAAGGAGAAGCUCAGGCUCUGCCUCCUGCUCUGGGGAUGGCCACAGGGACAAUCCAGAGCCAGGGACAAUCCAGAGCCAACUCCAAGGAAAAGGAUCAUUCCCAGGGGUGGAGGUGAGGCAGGGCUCCAGGGGAAGGAGAGAUGACCUCCAAAAAACACUCAGCCUCCAAAAAAAUCCAAGAGAUCCUCCAAAAAACGCAGCCAGAGGGGAUGGAGGAGAGCAGGGAGGUGGCAGCAGGGGAAGGAGAAGAAGAGAUGACCUCCAAAAAACACUCAGCCUCCAAAAAAUCCAAGAGAUCCUCCAAAAAACCUCCAAAAAACGCAGCCCAAGCCUCCAGCAGCGCCUUCUCUGCAGGACCUGCAGCCAUCGAAGAGCCAAACCUCAGGGAAAAUCCGGGAUCAUCCGUGGGCUUCCCUGCCUUGUGCUGGGCCAUGGCACGGCUGGAUUGAUCCCUGCCAGGAUCCAGGACUUGCUGUGCCCUGAGCUUCUCCACUCUCAGCCUCCCACGGCGUUUGGGGCAUGGCUGGAGCCUCCUCCCGGAUCCCUCCGUGCUUCCCUGGAGGCUGCGAGGCUGAGGGGGGCUGCACCCCAAGAAAAAAGGGCAAAAAUCCCUCUGGGGAGGGCAGGAGGUGGGAGAGCUGUGAUGCUGAGGGGGGCUGCACCCCAAGAGUGCAGGAAAAAGGGCAAAAAUCCCUCUGGGGAGGGCAGGAGCUGGGAGAGCUGCGAGGUUGAGGGGGGCUGCACCCCAAGAGCGCAGAAAAAAGGGCAAAAAUGCCCUGGAGCUGGGAGAGCUGCAAAAAUCCUCUUGCCAAGAGUUUCCCCCUGA